CCUGUAGCGAUCGUACGAGCAUAGUUAACUCGUUCAUAUUUAAGCACGAAUCAUUUUCGAGCGGUCGCUGAUAGACGAAUUUUUCAUACAAAUAUAAGAAUAUUUAUUUCGAAACGAAUCAACAACAUAACAUUCAUGAUCAGAGUGCGGUUUCUGGGUGGUUUUCUCAUAUUGUCCGAUUUGAACUAUUCGUAUAUACCUCUAUGAAUUAUAAAGUGGUGAGUUUGGUUUCUGAACUCAUUCGGUAACUUCAAUAUGGUCGGAAAACUCACGAACAUCUACACUUUGUUCUCCGUAGCCGUUUUUCUCUGUUAUUUGGAUCACAUCAACACAAAUCCAGCUAUUGCAACCGGCUACGAUCCUUUCGAAAUCUGCAUCGAGAACUGCGCUCAGUGUAAGAAGAUGUUGGGCGCUUGGUUCGAAGGAUCCCUCUGCGCUGAAUCCUGCAUCAAGUUCAAAGGAAAACUGAUUCCAGAGUGUGAAGACUUCGCUUCCAUUGCGCCUUUUCUCAACAAACUUUAAAAAAAAAAAAACUAGAUUGUCUAUGUAAUACUCGCUUCGAUUUAAAGGACCUGUCAAAUACUUAAUAGUUUAUAAUUUUUUUGUGAAGUUUAGUCGCGAACUUCGAAUGU